AACUUAUCAAUAUUAUUCAAUUAAUGUUAGCAUAAAUAAUAAAGAUUAUUACAUGGAUAUAAAAAAAUUAUCUGUUCGUAUAAUAUCAAUUUAUUAUAAUAUUUUAAUAGUGAAGACUUUAUUGUUGUAUCUCAAGUUAAUUCUCAAUUAUUAAUGAUAAACAUCAACUAUCAACUAUUAGCUUUAGUACUAUUUUAACGUAAUCUUUAAUAAUUAAUGAAUACUAUAAAGUCUAUAUGCUUUGAUCUAUUCUUCUAUUAUAAUAUACCUAUUUAGAUAACUACCAGUUUAGCACUGGAUUAUAUACAAUUCUUCAUGAAGUGAGUAUCAUCUACUUGUAUAAAUGUAUCAUUUUUAUAAUAUACAAUAAUUAAACAAAAACUAAUUUCUAUAAUACAUUUUUAUCCAUCAAAAGACAUUAUUAGAUAAUACCUACUUUAAGUAAAAUUGUUUUAAAUCCUAGAAAAAAAAUGAACAAAUGUAUAAUGAUAUGCAUAUACCUAUGUUGAAUUUAAUAGCAACUAUCAUUCAUAUUCUUAAACUGUAAUGAAUAAGUUAGUAAGAUAGCAUUAAACAAUAUUAAUCAAUGUCUAAACAAUUUCAAACCACUCAUUUAAAUUUGAAAUAUUAAAAUUAGUAUUUUUUUUUGCAAAAUAACAAAGUAAAAAAAAUGAAAUUUUAUAUGUAAAAUAUUCAACAUUUGUUCAAUUGCAAAUACACUUAAAUUCUGCUUUAACUAAUGUAUAUAGACGUUAUUUCAUACUUAGGUUGACUAAAUAAAUAAAGUUUAUUUGUAUGUUAGAUUCAAUUCAUAUAUUUAGGAUUUUAUUUGGUUAUCAUAAAUUUAUACCUCUGUUUAUACCAAUGAUUAAUUGUAUAAUAUUUAAUAAAAAUUGAAAUAAAAACAUCUAUGAAGUAGUAAUUUCAAUUUACUAUCUUCAAAGCUUCAAUAUCUGAGCAUAGGAUUUCUUGCAAUUAAUCUGAUAUCUUCUGUUGUUUUAUUUGUAUUUCGUAUUGACGACAUUAGUACCUAUAUUAUGUUUUAUUAGUGUAUCAUAUAUAAUGAUUAUGGGGAUGUUAUUUUUUUAUCUUCCUUUUUAUUUUCUUAAUAAUGAGGAGGUCUGAGAAAACUGCAAUAUUUACACAAUAACGGUUUCUGUUGUAUUUGAUUUUGUUUUAAUAGUUGUAAUUCAAUGAAACAUAUUCGUAGAGUUGACAAAUUGCAGAGUUACAGAAUCUUAAAAUAGAAUUAAAAUUAGGCCUAUAAUUUUAAAGAAUAUUGAUUUUUCAAAUUCUAAUUAAUGGUUUUACUAUAAUAUGUGCUCAUUUCAUUCUGUCUGUAAAUAACUUCUGCUCUAGAAAAAAAUUAACUAUUUAGAGACAUUUUAGACUUAGUUGUGACUUUUUUUGAUUUCUUUGUAGUUUUCUUAAUAAUAUUCCAACACAUAAUUUAUAAAUUGUAAAAGAAAUAAAAAAAAAAAAACACUGAGUUUAAUGUGACAAUUUAUAUUAUGUAUGUAAUUUAAGUUCAAAUUUAUAAAAAUAUGUUUGUGAUUGUUUUUUAUUUGCAAUGGUGUAUCGUUGCAUAAAAUAUUAAAAACUAAAUUAUCCCAUAUAUCCUAGCUUCUUAAUUCUCCCCAAAAUAGCUAUUUUUUUUUUUUUUGAUCUUAGUAUAUCAGAAUCAAUUUUACAUUUUUUUUAAACUCAUUAUUUUUAUUUUUUUAAUUUUGUAAAAUGUGUUUAUUAUUCCUUAUUCUUUAAUGCACAUAAGUAUUACCUUCAUAAUUAAUUUUACUGAACUAAAAUGACAAUAGGCAGUUAACUUAUCUUGUCUUAGUAGGUAUAUAUAUUGAAUCAUUUUUAUAAGUCUAAUAAGUUAUUGUUUUGACUCUCUAAAGUGUGUUGUAUGAUUUUAGCUUUACAAUUUUAAAAAAUCGGUACAAUUAUUUCAUAAGUCCAAACGUCAUGUUUUAUAAGUUUUAUAACGCAAAAGUUUAUAUAUGUGUAUACUUAAUAAAUUCAGUUAAAUUUUAUUUUUGCUGUUAGUUUUUAUUUAUUUUAUUACUUGUGUAUGACUUAUGUAUCAAGGAAUUUUUUUAAAAUACCUAAAUAUUGGUACCUUAUUUUUAGAUUUAUUUUUUUUUCAACACAUUGACUAAAUAUUAAAAGUUUGGACUAUAUAUACGGACCUAUUAUAGUAUAGCAUUAUUUUGAAAUUAUUAGAAAUAUGUUAUUUAUCAGUUUUCUUUAAUAUAAUGUGUUUUAUCUUAUAUUUAAUAACAGGUUUUAGUAUUUUAUAGUGGAGGGUAAAAAUAGUUUAAAAACCUGUUAUUCUUUCAUACCUCUCGAACACCCUGUAUAUAUGCGACUUGCUGGUAGAUAAAAAAUAAAAAUAGACCCAUAUGUGACCUAGUUAUUAAAAUACUAAAUUUAACCCUUGCCUGACUAUUAUACAGAAUUUUUAUAACAGAUAAGUUUGAUUUUUAUAUUUUAUGUGACUAAACCAAAUAGUGAUUUACUACAUAAUAAUUAUGAUUAUACUACAUAAUAAUAUUUUGAUCCCUAAAAGCAUUUAAUGCUUCAUUUAAUAGAAUUCUUGAAGUGUACUAUACAUAAAAAAAUAUAAUAAUAAUAAAAAUGGUUUAAUGUAUUUUCAGGGACAAAUGACAAGUUUAUUCUUUAAUGAUUGACGUACCAAGAAAGAACCGCCAACAAUAUUUUGUUGUCCCUGAAACUCGAAUCAAUAGCCGUGUGUCAAUUGAAUUGUUGUAAAAAUAACAUUAAAGUAGGUAAAUAGAGCUUUGAAAGUACAAUGAAGGUCAUAAAGAAUAUUUUUGUAUAGGCAUAAAAGCUUUUUUUUAUUGUUUUAAAUAUUAUAAUAGUUAUUAUUUUUAGAGUACAUAUUGAACAUAAUAGGUAGCUAGGUAUACCUAGUUUACUUCUAAGAUGAAAAAACACAUAAUUUAAACAAAUUAAUUCUUUACUUUAUCGUGUCAAAUUUUUAUUAAGAUAGGUUAAUGAUUGUUUAUUUUAAUUAUUAUUUUUACAUAUUUAUUCAUUUAAUGUCAUUAUCAUACAAUCUUUUCUACUGAAAUUAUUGGCAAAAUGUUCAUACCUACAUUAAUAAUAUAUUAAACUUUGUUAUUUCUCCAACAUUAUCAUUGAAUUCAACAUAUUAGUAACUAAUGGAUAAUACUCAUACUGAGGCAUAAGUAACAUGGAAUUUUGUAUUUCAUAAAGCCUUUUGACAUAUUUUUCAUUCUACACAACUAAAAUCAAGAGUAAAUGAUAUUAAAAAUUAGGUAUCAAUUCACCUUACAAAUCGAAUAUACAAGUUUUUAAAUAAAAAAAUUAUACAUAAAAAGUAACAAUUUAACAAUAUUACUUUUGAACAAUUAACACAUAAAAAAAAUCACAGUUUGAAGUUUAAGUAAAUGAUAUGAUUUAUGAAAAUAAUAAAUGUUAUUUUCCAUACACUGAUAAUAAUAUAAGUAUCAUACAAAUAUUUAGAUAUAUUCAGGCAAAUUAAUAUAAUAUAUUUUUUCUUUAAUAUUUUAUUACUGUAUACAUAUCAACUAUAGUGGGUAUAUUAUCUUUAAAUAUUAUUACUUAUUUAUGUGAAGUAACUAUUAUUAUAGUGAAUAUAGCAUUUUUAAUUUAUGGCAUUUGUGUAAUUUGAACUUAAAAAACUAAUUGAUAGCAAUAAAUAAGUGUUUCAACUAUAAUACAGUGUCAAAUCAAACAAUAUUAUUAUCUAGUGCAAUGUACUUGUGACUUAUCUAGUAUAUUCCUGCCAUGACUUAGUUUAUUUUUUUUUCAUGAACGGGUUUCUUUUAAUUACUAUUUAUCAAAAACAAUGAUUAUUAUGAAAUAUUAUCAAUAACUCUUGAGAUAUAAUUUUUUAAUAUAGGUUCUUAUUUGAAAAACAAAAGUUGAUAUUGCUAUAAGAUACUCCUUCAAUGUUGUGGAUAAUCAAUUAGAAGUGUUAAAAAAUUCAGCUGAAACUACACUUAAAAAUUUCAAAAAUCAUAAUAAAUAAAAAAUCAUAAAUUUGCAUAUAAUUUUAGGUUGUAUAUUAUGAAAAAAAAUUGAUUUUAAUUUAAGUUACAAUAUUUAUAUAGAAAACGAUUAUACAAUAUGGUAAAAAUUGAAGAAGACUCAAUAUUAAAAAAAAAAAUGAUAGGUAGGCCUCGCAUAAAAAGAAGAAAUAUAAAAGUUGUAGAUCCAUAAGUUAAUUAGAAGGAAGCAGUUGAAGAUAGAUAAAGCUGGAGCAAAGAGUUUGUUUUAUAAUACAAUCUUAAAUGCUGGAAAUGCAAAAAAAAAAAAAGAAUUAAUACUAUUGAUAGAUGUGCUACUGUUGUAGGUGGGAUGUAGGGUGCAUCAUACAGUUAUUUAAUUUAUACUUUUAUACAAGGAUAAAUCAUUACUGACAAACAAAAUACAAUUUUGCGCAAAGCAAGAGGUUAAACUAUUAUACCACCUCAACAAAGGCUUAUAUAAGAAUUCUGUGAAAAUGUCAGGUCUUUAUAAUUUUGUUUUUUAAUGGAAUCACUGAAAAAAAAACAAAUUGUAAAUAACGAAACCAUUAUUAACAUAAUUUUGUGUUUUUUUACCAUGAUGAAAAAUACUUAAAAAUUAAAAAAUAACAAGUUAAAGGCACUAAAUCCAAAAUGCUACAAAAAAGCUAUCUAGUUAUUUUAUUAUUAGAACAAAAUUUCUAGUAGAAAAGUUGUUUAAACACAAAAAAUAAAAUUAAUAUUAUAAACCGUACCUCGAAAGGCCUUUUUUUUAUUACAUAUAAUUUUUUACUUAAUUAAAUAUAUGUUAUAUUAUAUGUGUUUUUUAUGCUAAUAAUUGAUUUUUUAAACUUUUUUUAUAGUUUAGAAAGUGAAUAACCAGAUACAAAAUGCAUCUUUUACUCAAGUAUAUAUUUGGAUCAAGUCAAUGUUGUGGAAAAUUGUUCUUACCUCAGUGCAGAAUGUGUUUUCCAUCGCUUUCAAAUAAUACACCUUUUGCAAUGCGGUUGUACAAAAGACAUAGAAUUGUAUCGACUGUUUAUUUCGCUAAUGAUCAAUUUAUAAAGCGCCACAACAAACUGAAAAAUGCCAUUAGAGAUAAACAGAUAAUUUUACAAAAAACUAAACAAAAAUUACAAACCAAAAGUAAAUUUAUCUUAGAAGACAUUAAGGAAACAAAAUUAAAGGUACAGGAUACCAUAAAGGAAAAUGUUUGGACUAUACCAAACAUGUUAUGUAUGACCAGGAUAGUCUUUAGUCCCUAUCUCGGUUUUCUUAUUAUUAAUGGAAAUUUUGAAUACGCACUCAGUUUUGUGGUUAUAGCAAGUAUAACUGAUUUAAUCGACGGUUGGAUUGCUAGGAAUUUUGAAGGCCAGCAGUCAAAAUUAGGUAGUUUUUUGGACCCAAUGGCUGACAAAGUACUUGUGGGCACUUUGUUUCUAACAUUGACUUACAUUGACUUAAUUCCAAUAUACCUUACCAGUCUAAUUGUCCUAAGGGAUUUGGUUUUAAUGGGCGCCGCUUUCCAAAUUCAUUAUAUGGCUGUACCUAGACCUAGGACAUUAAGUAAAUUAUUUGACGUCACCAACACUAAUGUUCAACUAGCACCCAUGUUUAUCAGUAAGGUGAACACAUCAGUUCAAUUAGCUAUGGUAUGCGCUACUGUAGCAGCUCCUGUGUUUGACUUUGUUAAUCACCCUGCACUACAAGCAUUAUGGUUUUUAACAACUGCGACUACAGUAUCGUCUGCAAUUAGUUACAUUGUACAUAGAAAAAAGACUUAUAAAAUAAUUAAUAACCAUAAAAGUUGAUUGUUUUUGAUUCAUGUAAUAUUAUAUUAAAUAUAUUUAUAAAAUACCUAUAUAUAUAUUUUUUUAAAAAAAAACAUAGUUACACUUUGCAUUAACCGAGGUAUAAAAUAAUUUAAUUUACAAUACCUAAUUAUUGUUGUAUGUAUACUCAUAUUAUAAUAUUAUGUUAGUAUCCAAUGUACUUAUAAAAAAAUUUAAAUUACCUCAUUCACAUAUAUUAAUUCCAUCCCUACCUUUAUGAUAGCUAUUAGUAGUUAAAUUAAAUUAAACAAUUAUGAAUAAUUGUUAAUCACUAUCAUUCAAUGGUUAUUAUUUAAAUUAAAAAUUAUUAUUUUUUAUAAAUAAAUCAAAAUGUUGGUGUUAUGGUUAAGUAUUUUUAAUAUUAAAUUAUUCUCCACCCUUUAUUCCCAAAGCAUUGAAUUAUUAUAUUUAUUAUUAAACAAUGUUUUUUUUUUUUUUUGUAAGACUGAUUUAGUAUUAUUUUUUUUUUUAAUAUUUGCUAUUAACCAAAUAAUAUUAUAUAAAUGAGUUUAUUGCAGAUCACAGUUAAAAAUUAAGUUUUCAAAUAACUAUUUAAAAGUUAAAUAUUAUAUAACAUUUAUAUUUAUAUUUUGUUUUACAUUUUUUUAAAUGGUAGGUAUUACUGUAUUCUAUCAUUUUUCCAUUAUCCUAUGUUGAU